CUUGCUAUAAAUUGUUAAAUGCUCUCACUGAAGCUGCCAUUGCCCCAAGUUCAACAUGACUGUCCCCUCAACCAACAUAGAGUACAUGUGGGCAGUUGUUGGUGGCCCGAAGGCAGGCAUCUAUCGAGACCCGGACUGUCCUCGCAUGAAGUGCGGGAAAUCGUCGCCGCCAUUACCAAUCGCCAUCCAAUGUAUUUCUCAACAGGAGGCCCAACUCGUAUGCAGAACACUGCAGCCCAUCAUGAACGCACUGCCAGCCGACCUGACCUCCCGUGAACUACUUACCGCAUUGAGGGGCUCUCCGGAUGUGCGAAGCCUGCUCCAUGACAAUGAAGGCUUUCAUGCUGUGGUAGUAGGUGCACCACCUGGAGUUCACCGCACUAAGAAAAGUGUAAUUCGCGCUGAGGGUACAUUCAGGUGUCCCAAAACACGUUACACUGCCUCAUUCUGGGAGGCUCUAGCAUUCAUCGUGGUGAAAGGCAUUGAAAUGGACAUGCCUCCCUUGUCAGAGCCUACUGAAACGCAUAAUGGUGUUGGUGGUGGUGUAGCAGCAAUUGCUGACGGUACCCUAAGAUUCCCUGCUGGCCCGAUCAUCUACACACACAUCCGCAGCCUGCGCGCUCUCAGGUCGAGAAGUCGAGCUCAACCAUUGGGCGGAAUAGUAGCCCAAUAUCUUGCUGCCCAUGGCUAUGGCUUAUCUGACGUCGACAUUAUCCUCAACUGUUACAGAAAAUCGUCCUCCGUGGAACCAUUUGCAGGGGAGCAGUUUGUGAUGCAUCUUGCACGGGAGGGCUUGCCUGUGGCCGAGGGGAAUUUCUUGUUGGCUAUGAUAAGGAGGCAGCGUUGACAUUGUAAUGCGGUCACUAGUUUGAUGAAC